GUAGCCAAGCUAACUGAGCUAGCUGUCAGUGCGCCGCAGGUGUGUCAGUGCUGCUGUCCUUCAAUGGUCUCCUCCUCCAGGCUCAGUCUAAUUUGGCGGCACUUUGUCAACAGCAGGAUGGGAGAAAUGGCCUCCAAAGCCCAGAUGCCGACUCCAGAGACAGCGCUGCCCGGCCGGACUGCCAGCAUUAAAGUCUCCGCCAAACACGAUGUGAAUGGCAACAAGACCGUUGCACCGUUUCCAGAGGGGACCGAGAUGGUCAUGUUUGGUAUGGGCUGUUUCUGGGGAGCAGAGAGGAAGUUCUGGAGACAAAAAGGAGUUUAUUCCACCCAGGUGGGCUAUGCAGGAGGGUACACAUCCAACCCCACCUACAGGGAAGUCUGCACAGGUAUGACCGGCCACACCGAGGUGGUGAGAGUCGUCUUCUAUCCAGAGAAGAUCAGCUUAGCCAAGCUGCUCCAGGUUUUCUGGGAAAGUCACGACCCGACUCAAGGGAUGCGACAGGGGAACGACGUUGGGACGACAUACCGCUCUGCCAUCUACACCUACACAACGCAGCAUCUCGAGGAAGCUUUGGCCUCCAGAGAUCAAUACCAGAAGGUGCUGACAGAAGAAGGUUUUGGCCUGAUUACAACUGAAAUAGCCGAAUCCAAGCCGUUCUACUACGCAGAGGAUUACCACCAACAGUACCUGAGUAAAAACCCUGAUGGAUACUGUGGUCUGAGGGGCACAGGAGUCUCCUGUCCGAUAGCAACCAAGACCUAGACGGCCAAAGACAGCCAAGAAGCACCUCCAGUCCAUUCAGUGAGGAUGCAGCGAUGGAGUGGUCAGUCAGUUUUAAAAUGGGGACUGUGGGAAUGCUUCAUUUAUUCACACACAUUGACUACGUUUACCGGCACACAAAUUUUCCUCUGUUAUUCCAAAUAUGACAAUAUUCUGAAUCUGAUUUGGAUCAUGUAAACAGCAUAUUCUGUUUGGAUAUUCCAGAUUAGGCCGUCUUUAGAACGGAGCAUUUUCUUGGCACGUUCUUCAGGUUUUAGGUGCAUUCUCUCAACGUGUGCACAGCACAUCAAGAAUAUCCGUCUCAGUUUGUGACACACAGCCUUUUACCUGUUCAAGCACAGCUUGGUGCGUUGGCUAGGCAACAGUUUGCAAGGCAGCGAUAGACAUGCGUGUACAAAAGAAAAGCCCACAUUUCCAGUGGGAAGCAAAGACACCGGCUUUUUUCAAAUGCCAACCUUGUUUCAACCGGAGUCACAGUCCUCGUAUGUGCACACAUCCUUGGCCGAUAAGUCAGAUUCUGACUGUGAUUCUGAUUGAAGAAGCCGGUUGAAUUGUGUGCGUGUAAACGCAGCCGCUGUCUGCCUCCUGACCGCAGCUGUGAUGAUGCUGAGUGGAGAAGGAUGUACAGUGUGGAGCUGAGCCGAUGUAACGUUACUCUCAGUUUUUGGUAAGACUGUGUCCGUGCACACAUCAUGAACCAGUUGCAAUAAACUUAUGGACAACUUGAGCUGAACCAGUUUUUAUUCUUCUGUUCAUCAAAGUGAAGAUCGACCAGAAGUUUUUCAAUGUCACUUCCAGGAAAACAGAGAGGAAAACUGCAGCUCAGUUUGUGCUCAAAGAAUUCUCAUGUGGUUUGUGCCCUAUGUCACACGAAGCAGAAACUGCAGCACAGAGGCUGAUAGAGGCUCGUAGAGGCUGAUGGAGGCUGAUGGAGGCUGAUGGAGGCUCAUAGGGGCUGAUGGAGGCUUAUAGAGGCUCGUAGAGGCUGAUGGAGGCCCAUAGAGGCUGAAAGAGGCUCAUAGAGGCUGAAAGAGGCUGAUGGAGGCUCAUAGGGGCUGAUGGAGGCUUAUAGAGGCUCGUAGAGGCUGAUGGAGGCUCAUAGAGGCUGAUGGAGGCCCAUAGAGGCUGAAAGAGGCUUAUAGAGGCUGAUGGAGGCUCAUAGAGGCUGAAAGAGGCUCAUAGAGGCUGGUGGAGGCUGAAAGAGGCUAAUGGAGGUUCAUAGAGGGUUAUAAAGGGUGAUGGAGGCUGAUAUAGACUGAUGGAGGCUGAUAGCAGCUGGUGGAAGCUCAAAUAGGCUGAUAGAAACUGGUGGAGGCUCAUAGAGACUGAUGGAGGCUCAUAGAGGCCGGUGGAGGCUGAAAGGGGCUGAUAGAGGCUAAUGGAGGCUCGUAGAGGCUCAUAGAGGGUUAUAUAGACUGAUGGAGGCUGAUAGCAGCUGGUGGAAGCUCAAAGAGGCAGAUAGAAACUGGUGGAGGCUCAUAGAGACUGAUGGAGGCUGAUAGAGACUGAUGUAAGCUGAUGGAGGCUGAUGGAGACUGUCAGUCUUCUCAGCUCUUUAGACACGUUCGAUAUCUGAAGGUGUUUCUAGCGUAAUGCACUCCUGAAGAGGUGGUGCGUCGAAUGACCAGUUCCCAUCAGCCAAUGAACUCGAGACGACACAGAUGACAGCAGAAGAAGAAGAAAAGCGGCUCAGUGUCUGUUCAGUCUGACUUUCAGUGCUCACUUUUUUGGUCACGUUUUCGCUGCUGGGCCGUUCUCGCAGCCUCGCUCUUGCGGUGUGUUUGAAGGUGUGUGUGUGUAGAUUAGAGGUGUUGCCUCCAGAAGCUGCCGCCUUCAUCAGAUAAAGUUUACAAAAUGCCUCAUUAACGUUAUCAGGUUCCCUGUUAGCAGCGCGCUUAAAUCCAAAAUGUUGGCUAAUGAACUCUUUUGCUUUUGACACCAAAUCCUCCGCCAUCGUCUCAUCGAUCAGCUCUCCUAAUCUGAUCAUGUGAUGAGUGAAAUCUGUACACUUUCAGUUUCUAACUAAGAGCCGUCCUCCAACUAACACGCUUAGUAUUUUACAAAUUAGAGUGUUUUAUUUGACGAACAUCGGUGCUGAUACGCAGCAAUUAACUAAACGUGAUGUAAUCGCUGUUCGGACACCACCUCUGCACCAUGAAAUCCAGUGACACUCCACACAGUCUCAGCACAGAAUUCAUUAAGAAUUUACAUUUAAUCCUGAUUUUACAAGUGUUCAUACGUGAGGAUUCUUGUAAUUUAAGCAAAAUCUGAUUUUUGACUUUUGAAGUGUGACUUCAGAUAAAAAUGUUGUUGCUCAGGUUGCUUUUACAUGUGAUGAUUCUUUAAGAGGGUUUGCUUUUUAAAAGUCUGUAGAGAAAUAAAACAUUAAAAGCUU